AUGACUGCAGACAGUGAUAAAAGUGAGAAUGAAAGCCAGCACUCUGAUAAAAGUGAUAAUGAAAGCCAGCACUCUGAAGAAGACCAAGUUGAGGAUAAAGUUAAAGAGCAGGAAGAAGAUACUGGGACCUUUAAAGAUUUGGGCGUAGUUGACGUAUUAUGCGAAGCUUGCGAAGAACUUAAAUGGAAGAAACCUUCGAAAAUACAAAAAGAAGCAAUCCCAGUGGGCUUACAAGGCAAAGACAUCAUUGGUUUAGCUGAAACUGGUUCUGGAAAAACUGGAGCUUUUGCCCUGCCAAUAUUACAGGCAUUACUGGAAAGUCCUCAGAGAUACUUCGCUUUAAUACUUACACCUACCAGAGAAUUAGCAUUCCAAAUAUCAGAACAAUUUGAGGCUCUUGGUGCAAGUAUUGGUGUAAAAUGUGCAGUUAUAGUAGGAGGAAUGGACAUGGUUGCCCAAGCACUAACUUUAUCAAAGAAGCCUCACAUAAUUAUAGCUACUCCUGGCAGACUGGUUGAUCAUUUAGAAAACACAAAGGGCUUCAAUCUUAAAGCUCUAAAAUAUCUUGUGAUGGAUGAAGCUGAUAGAAUUCUUAACAUGGACUUUGAAGUUGAAGUAGACAAAAUAUUAAGAGUGAUACCUCGUGAGCGGCGCACAUAUCUAUUCUCUGCUACUAUGACAAAGAAAGUUCAGAAGCUACAGAGAGCUUCAUUGCAAGAUCCAGUAAAGAUUGAAGUUUCCACUAAAUACCAGACUGUUGAAAAACUUCAGCAGUACUACGUAUUUAUUCCAGUGAAAUAUAAGGAUGUAUACUUAGUCCACAUACUAAACGAGAUGUCUGGUAACUCGUUCAUAGUAUUCGUAUCUACUUGUGCAGGCGCCUUACGAGCUGCUUUACUACUUCGUGCUCUCGGAGUGCCCGCUGUACCAUUACAUGGACAAAUGUCCCAACAAAAACGUCUAGCAGCCUUAAAUAAAUUCAAAAGCAAAGCCAGAUCUGUACUUAUUUGUACUGAUGUUGCUUCAAGAGGUUUAGAUAUCCCUCAUGUAGAUGUGGUGAUAAACCUGGACAUCCCAUUGCAUAGUAAGGAUUACAUUCACCGUGUUGGAAGAACAGCUCGAGCCGGUCGAUCGGGAAAAGCUAUCACAUUUGUUUCUCAGUACGAUGUAGAGUUAUACCAACGCAUCGAGCAGUUGAUUGGCAAGCAGUUGCCCCUCUACAAGACAGAAGAGAGUGAAGUGAUGGUCCUACAGGAGCGAGUCGCCGAAGCUCAGCGACUUACCAAAAUAGAAAUGAAAGAACUUGAAGAUAAGAAAGGCGCUAAGGGCAAGAAGCGUGGUCCUGCUGAUUCAGACGAUGACACGGAAGAGGCAGCUGGUGUACGCAGACGAAUCAAAGGGAAACCCAAAUAUGGGGGCAAAAAGAGACGUUAA